AUGUCGACACCUCCGCCUCAGAAGCGUCAGAAAGCGACGGCAUCUUCCACGUCGCCCAACACGGCAAACAGAGACCAUUCGGCGGUUCAGGCCCCAUUGGCACCCAAGCCCAAUGCCGACCACCUGGCGCCUCCAACAAAUCCUAACAAUCCUCGAAAGCGACGAGCUAGUCAGAGUCCCAAACUAAACACCCUUCCGCCGAGCCUCAAGCCGUCCUUGGAUAAUCAAGCCAGUGUCUCAAUACCGGCGUUGCUCACUGACGAUACAGGCAAGAAACGUGGUCGAACCAACACUCCUUGGACUCCUCAGGAGGAGCAGAGACUGAAGCAAAUGCGUGACGCCGGGAAUAGUUGGAGUGAGAUCGCAAAAGCUUUCCCUGCUCGCACUGAAGGCAGCGUCAAGAAACAUUGGUACAAGGACAUGCACUACGCCGAGUUCGCUGAAGAUGAAUCGAAUCAACUUCGUGAGGCGAUUAAAGAAUACGAAGCGAACAAGUGGAAAGCCAUCGGACUAAAGUUGAAUAAGCCAGCAAAGGUCGGUGUCCAUUAUUUCGACCUCCACUAG